AUGGCUUCCAAAUUGCCCUUUCUUCUUCUUGCUUUCUUUGCUGUUUCACUCCUUAUCACCUCGAAGGUAACAGCUAGGGACUUGUCUGAGUCUUCCUCUAAUCAUGCUAAGGUACCUGAGGUAGAGACAAUGAAACAUGGAGAGGUAGAUGAUGCCAAAUACGUUUAUGGAGGUUACCCAGGAAGUGGUGGGUAUUAUGGCGGUGGUUAUCCUGGUCAUGGUGGUUAUGGUGGUGGCUAUCCUGGCCGUGGCGGCUACGGAGGUGGUUACCCUGGACGUGGCGGCUAUGGUGGUGGCUAUGGGGGAGGAUAUUGCCGAUAUGGAUGCUGUGGCGGAUGGUACGGAGGAAUCUGUAGAAGAUGCUGUUAUUAUGGUGAAGCUGUGGAUGCGCAACUAGAUACUGAAACCCAUUACUAA